UCACAACUCUGUGUUAUGUUUAGUACAUGAUUAAGAUCUGUUGUGAGCCUAACGUGUGUGAGUGUGUGCAUUGUGUAUUUUCAUGUCUGACGCCAGAAGCGCAGUCCUCUGCAGUGACACUGAUCACCCUCCAUACAGAAGAGCACACAGCGCAGACUACGUUACAACCAGCUCCUCGCCACGAGAGAAGGGCGCCAACCGGCAGCGUUCCAAUCGAUGCAACACGUUUUGUUCAAGCCUUUCCACUGGCGCACGACACGAACAGCACAACAGCAGCAUGGGAAGAGUCGGACCAGCAGCAUGCGUGUCGGGGAAUAUGACGAAUGCCCUCCUGUACGAUCGUGUCCAGAUAAAUGAAAGGACCUGAAGAGCCUUCAGAAGCCCUGUGGACACAUGGAGUACAAGAUACCAGCCAAGAAUAGAUAGUUUCUGGACUCCUGACCACAACGAAUUCACCUCGAGCCUCAGCUGAUUCCCCUUUGACUAUUUUUUCUACGUUGUGGUCGAAAACACAUCACUGUCUUCCCCAUUCCGAAGACCUCCCACAUUUAUCCUCCUCAGCGUGCCCUCAGAGGGGCGAUGCCAGUCUUGCUCAAUGCCGACUCCUCCUUCAGCUCCAAACAGGAGCUCCUGGACCUCGAGGAAUGCCCUCGCAAUGGGGGGCCCUCUCUGGACACGCCCAGCCCUGUGGACUCCCAGACAGGCAGCCCCUUAGGCUCAGGCCCCAGAAGCCCCGGAGCUGGUGGCCCCAUUCGGCCUGAUAUUUUUACUGGAGCUUCCACACUCCCCGGGCAGCUAUAUGGAGUGGAAGCAAACCCCCAUACAGAGACUCCCGUGGUAGUAAAUCAAAACUCCACUGACUUAGAUCUGCUUUGUGGCUGGGGGUCUCUGACACCAAAAGCUAUUCAAGUUUUCAACACCCCUCAUUGGGUGCUGUUCUUCCUCUGUAUGGCCUCUUUCCUCCAGGGCAUUGUGAUCAACGGCUUCAUUAACACAGUGAUCACCUCCAUUGAGAAGCGAUUCGACCUGCGCAGCUACCAGACCGGCCUGAUUGCCAGCUCCUACGACAUCGCCGCCUGCAUCUGCCUGGCCUUCGUCAGUUACUUCGGUGGGACGGGGCACAAGCCUCGCUGGCUGGGAUGGGGGGUGCUGAUCAUGGCACUGGGUUCCCUGGUGUUUGCCCUGCCCCACUUCACCACACCCUCCUACCAGGUCAGUCUGUCCGAGCAAACAGGAAUGUGCUCCGCCAACCGUACCAGCCCGUGCCAGGACCAGGAGGGCGGGGGAUUGUCCAACUAUCGCUUUGUGUUCAUGCUGAGCCAGUUUCUGCAUGGUGUGGGAACGACACCUCUCUACACCUUAGGGGUCACAUACCUGGACGAGAACGUCCAGUCCAACUAUGCACCUGUGUAUAUAGGGAUCUUCUACACUUUUAGCAUUGUGGGUCCUGCAGUCGGCUACCUGCUGGGAGGAUACUUCCUGAACAUCUACUCCGAGGUCCACCUGACGACUGAGAUGACCCCAGAUAACCCUCUGUGGGUCGGUGCCUGGUGGAUCGGAUUUCUCAUAGGAGGAGCAGCAGCUGUGCCGGUAGCUUUCCUCAUCCUGGGAUACCCACGACAGCUACCAGGCUCUCAAGAGUACAUGGCCAUGCGGGUGUCUGAGGCCCACCAGCUCAAGGACGGAAGCCACACCACAGCAUCGGACCCUAAGUUUGGCAAAUCAGUCAAAGACAUGCCAAGAUCGGUGCUUCUCCUCUUAAAGAAUCCCACUUUCCUGUUCCUGUGCUUAGCUGGAGCCACUGAGGCCACCCUUCUAUCUGGCAUGUCCACGUUUGGUCCCAAAUUCUUGGAGUCACAGUUCAGUCUCAGCGCAUCGGAGGCUGCUACAUGGUUCGGAUACAUGGUGGUCCCAGCAGGAGGUGGUGGCACAUUUCUGGGGGGCUACACUGUGAAGAGACUCAACCUGCGCUGUCGCGGUAUCAUCUACUUCUGCAUGAUGUGUGCGACGGUCAGCCUGCUCGCCAUGUUCAUCUUUCUCAUCCACUGUCCCAACAUGCCGAUGGCUGGGGUCACAACACCAUACCAGUCCGCCCUGAUGGAGCAACACCAACUGGACAACUCUUCCAUGGAGCUGAAUCUGACAGUGGGCUGCAACGCCGUCUGUGGCUGUGCCCGAGAGCUGUAUAACCCUGUGUGCGGCGCAGACGGCGUGAUGUAUUACUCCCCCUGCCAUGCCGGCUGCAGGUCCAUCAACAACACUGAACCCUCCACUGGCAAACAGGUGUACUCUGGAUGCAGCUGCGUGGUGGGUAAUGUGUCCUGGGGACAGGACGGCUUCGCCCUGGCAGGGAAGUGUGGCAGCGUCUGCCACUACAUGCCGGCCUUCCUCUCCUUCCUCUUCAUCCUCAUCCUCUUCACGUUCCUCUGUAGCAUACCAGCACUCACCGCCACGCUCAGGUGUGUGCCAGACAGCCAGAGAUCCUUUGCACUCGGCAUCCAGUGGAUUGUUGUGCGUGCGUUAGGUAGUAUUCCCGGUCCCAUUAUAUUUGGCUCUAUGAUUGACACCUCCUGCAUACUGUGGCAGGAUCAGUGUGGCGAGCAGGGCUCCUGCUCCCUCUAUCAGAACUCAGCCAUGAGCCAGAACACACUUGUGACUGGUAUCAUCUGUAAGGGUAUGGGGAUAAUCUUUUUCCUGUUGGCCAGCGUCCUGUACCAGCCUCCUCCUGAGUCGCCUCAAAGCAGCUGUGAGAGCACCGACCACAGAGUCGGAGACACGGGCGACCUGCCCGCCAAAGACCUGCCUGAAGAUGGCGUCAUUGUCAACCCGCACGCUAGGUUAUGACGUCGUUCACCCCCUAACCAUUGAGUCGCAAUCUGUGUGUCUGUGUAUUUGUACUUCUAUCUUUGUGAGGACCAGUUUGACUAUUGGACAUUAUGGAGUGUGGAAAUUUUGGGAAAGUGAAGACGUUUUGGCCGGUCCACAUAAUUCAAAGGGCUGUUUGAGGGUUAAGACUUGGUCUCCUGUUAGUGGAAGGGUUAGGGUUAGAAAUGUAGUUGUGAUGGUUAAGGUUUAGGUAUGGGAAUACAUUAUAUCAAUCAGUAUCCUCACAAAGACACAAGUCUGUGUGUGUGUGUGUGUGUGUGUGUGUGUGUGUGUGUGUGUGUGUGUGUGUGUGUGUGUGUGUGUGUGUGUGUGUGUGUGUGUGUGUGUGUGUGUGUGUGUGUGUGUGUG